CGAACCGUAACAGGAAGUGUGAUGUGUCGCGCCGGCUGGUCGGACCGUGGAAACAAUCCUGCUACAGUAAAUCUCUUAAAACAUCAUGAGCUGGCUUUUAGUUUCAUGUGCAGCCUGAGGUUUAAACUUUGAGGAUGCACACGGAGAGUUUGUUUUAGAAGAAGUACGCACGUAGCGUAACGUGUACGUGACGUGAUGUGAUGUGACACGAGCGUUAGCGGCGUUUAUUUGUUUACCCAAAGUAAAGCAUGGAGAUGAAAUGCGGCUGUAUUAAAACAUGAAAGUAAACAAUACGUGUCCAUGUUAACCAGCUGUAACCGUGUGUUGUGUCUGUGACACACACACACACACACACGCACACACACACUGCUGUGGUUACCAAUGGAGACAGGAGACGCCUAAUCUGAUUUGAGCAGGGUUAGAGAUUUAAGAUGGCUACAAAUCUGAAGGGCAAGCCAUCCAAGAAUCAUUAAAUCAUCUGGAGGAUCUCUCCACCAGAGCAGAGGGACAAUAAAGCAAUGUAGUAGGUUCAUUCGGAGAUGACGAUUUGCUUGACAGCUUGUUUGAGGAUAAAAAACACCCAGUGAGGCUGAAAGCAACCCGGGGUGGAGCCCUGAAUCGCUCGUCUGCCACCGAUAACAUCUUCAGUAUGCUGGCAGAGGAGGUGAAGAGGGACGGCGGGGACACAGAGGACUCUGAUGUCUCAGCAGCAGAUCCCAAUGACAUACUGAAGAACAUGAAGGGCAUGGACGAUAUGGACGCCGACCUUUUUGCGUCAAAGAAAAAGCCGAGUUCAGCUCCUGCACAAACAAAUCGGCUCGGUAACGAAGGGCCAAAGAAAGACUCUUUAGGAAGUAAACCAGAGGGAGCAGAUGAAUCCACCACAAGAGUGAAGAAGCCAAACUCUGCACCCUCGUCCACUGCACAUAGCUACAAGAAGUUCACCUUCUCUGACAGUGAAGGUGAUGAUGAUGAUGAAGGUCUUGGUCAGACACCUCACACUAAAGAUCCAGACGACCCCCUGGCUGAUCUACUUGAUGACUUACUUCCAGAAGAAACCAAGUCUGAAACUAAAUCCAGCAUCCAGCGGGCCAAACCUGGAAAAUCUGCAGCAUCUCCUGCAGCAUCUCCGGUCCUAAAGACUGAAACAUCUAAGACAGCAGCAAAACGAGGUGAUCUCACGUUUGACGAUGAUAAGGACGACCUCAUGGAUGCACUUGGAUUUGACGGCGAUAAAAGCUACCCCAAGAAAAAAGAGACUGCGCUUUGGUCCAACAAAGACAAGAGUGAGCCCCCACAGAGAGCUCGUACAAGACUAGAUGAGAUCCUGGAGAGUUUGACUUCACCUCGUCUUCUGGAGCGGCCUGCGACGGGCGAGUUGAAGGACCAGCUUCAGUCCCAAGAGAAGCAGCAACAAGAGAAGACCUCCGGUGUGAAAGAAUCACUUUUAGAAGAUGACCUCACAUUCGGUUCCUAUCAGCCCACGCUGGUGUCCACGCCUGAAGGGCGCCAGUCUCGCAGACAGUCUGUCAGAUUUUCUACAGAGGAUGUGAGUUCUUCUACCCCGGAGAAGAAACCAAAACCCACCACCCCCACCCCCAUUCGAAAACGCAACUCAGCCGACUGGCUGGGCCUCAAGACAAGCGACGACUACACCUUUUUAGAAGGUGAAGCCAAAGAGGCCAAGGCCUCGACAGAUUCUCCGAAGGCUCCGUCCUCUCCUUCACUAGUGAGAAAAUCCUCCCUGACUGGUAGCCACAACACAUCGACUGCAAAAAUGGCAGCAGAAACUCCAACCAACCCAACUGACAAUACAACCAAACAAACCAAGCCAGAUGUUUCUAAAAGCCAGAGGAGGGAAGAAGAAUCGGAUGACUGGUUGGCGGGAGCACUGAGCAGGAAGAAGGCUCUGUCCGGGUCGAACUCUGAGGCAAAAACGUCCAAGCAGGAAGACUCUUUAGGCCUGGGAGAAGAAAUGGAUCUGGAUUCAGUUGUUAGUAGACAAGUCACUCCACAAGCUCCCAGGGCCAGAGAGGACACUCUUCCAUCUCCCAAGGAAACCAGCAGCACUUUUCUUGGACAGCCCAGCCCCACCGCUCACUCCACUCCUGUCAGAGAGAAGGGGACCAAGCAAGUUCCUGCUGCUAGCAUUAUCCAGACCCCACCCGAGCCUCAGUCCCAACCCCAACAUUUACCGUCCGAUAGGGGAUCCAAGGUGCUACGAGGGCCCAGCCAGGCUUCGGAUGAAACCCCUCAGCAGCUGCCGUUGUUUAACCCUGUGUCUGCUAUGCUGCCCGGCUCAGUGUGGUCAGUUCCACAGCAAAGCCAAAUGCAGAAUGCAUCGACCGCUGCCCAACAACAGGUGACACUUUCAGCGGACAGUCUGCAGCAGCUGCUUCUGCAGCAGCAGAAGAUGAUGCAGUCUCAGUUGCUGGGUCCUGGGGCCCUGCAGAGACUCAAAGAAACAGAGCAGCAACCUGGAGACUAUCAAGCUUUAAAGGCUCGCAUCAUCCAGCUGGAGGGACAGGUGAAGACUCUGCAGCUGGAGCGAGACCAAAGCCAAAUGUUACUAGAAAACAUCCAGCAGCGGCAUAAACAAGAUAUGGAGCUCGUGGAGAACGCACACAAGGCUCGUGUGAAACUGCUCGAGGAAUCGGCAGCACAGAGAGAAACACAAGCGCGACAGGAGUGUGAAGACCUUAUGGAACGUCUGGCCACGGCAACACGAUCGGCUGAGCGGGAACGCUCGGAGCUGCAGGCUCAGUACCAACGCAAACUGGCUCAGGCCCAGCAAGACAGAGACCGCGAGGUGGAGAGACUCAGAGACCUCCAGAGGAAAUCUAUCUUGGAGAUGAAGAAAGACCACGAGGACCAGGUCCACAGACUGAAGAAAUUAAAGGACGAAGAGAUCGAUGCGGUUACAAGUGCAACAUCUCAGACCAGGUCUCUGACAGUGGUGAUUGAGCAGAUGGAGCAGUUCUCCUCUCGGCUUGGAGAGCUUUCUUCUCGAGUGGAGAGCACACAUGAACACACGGCUCAUGGCCUGGAGCAAGGGGCACGGCACCGAGAUGAGCAGCUUCGACUGAUGCAGGACCGUCUGGCCCAGCAGCAGAAAUCCAUGGUGGAGGAGAGAGCUUACCUCAAGGAAAUAAUUUCCAGGAUGGACACUCAGCUCAAUGAGCAGCAGAGACAGCUUGAGAAGGAACGCUGGAAGAUGACGGCAGAGCAGGCGAAGGCAGAGUCUACCCAAAGAGGCCUGGAGGACGAGCGGCGCGCCCUCAGCAUGCAGAUCAACAUGGAAAGAGAGGAGCUGGAAAGAGCCAAGAGUGCAUUACUGGAAGAGCAGAAGACAGUGAUGCAGCACUGCGCAGAGGAGAGGAGGAAGCUGGCAGCCGAGUGGGCUCACUUCCACACCCUGGAGAAACAGAGACACGAGAGGGCCGAGCGGGAGGUCAGCAGUCUCUUGGAGAAGAGAGAGGGCUCCAUCUUAAGUCUGGCACAGGAACAAGCGGACCUAAAGCUUCACACUGCAGAGCUGAAACAGAAGGAGAUAGCUGUGGCGCAUGAAAGAGAGACUCUCGAAAGACUAAGAGACGAACUGCACAGAGAGAAAGAGAAAAUAAGCAGCACAGCUUUGAGACUUGAGACACGAGCCCACGAGGUGGAGGCCUUUAGCAAGCUCGCCGAAGAGAAGCACGAGGAAGGAAAACGAGCGUUGCAGGAGGCCAAACGCGUGGAGGCCGAGCACGAAGCGAGGCUCACCAGCAUCCACACGCAGACAGAGCGGCUGAGGCAGCAGGAAAAACAGAUUCUUCAGGAGCGAAUGCGCUUGAGUAAGCUGCAGAAGGAGACAGACAGGCUGAGACAAGACGCUCCGAUUACAUCUUUACCGCAGAUUAUUCCACCCAUUCUACCAGAUGAAGGUUCAUUCUUGCCAAACCCAGAGUUCACAUCGACCCUGGAUGUGCCCCCCUCUACUUUAUUCACCAGCUCGCAGUCCAUGGCUCUUCAGGCUAGUCUGGCUCUGUGGAAGUACACCGCAGAAAAGGACCGUGAGUACCUCCAAGAGGAGCAGGUCUUCUUGGACAAUUUGAAGAAGAAACCUUACAGAUCGUGUCUCAACACAGAUUGACCCGACGCAUGCACGGUGCUCCCAGUAGGAAUUAUGUUACACUUUGUGUAUUUUAUACAACAUUUCUUAAAUUUUAUUAACAUGUUUCAGAUUAAACAUUUUUUAUUUGAA